UUUCUCUUGCCCAAUGCAUCGACCUACCGAGUUACACAAUCUGAUUCAUGUCACAUUAAAAUGGAUGUGAUAAAUCUUGGACAGAGCCCUUCACUGGGAUACAUUUUGCUCAUUGUCACUUCGGCCAUAUUGCCUAUUCUUCUGCUCUUCAUUCUCACCCGCAGACCUGUUGGCGGAUCUGCAUCCCAAUCAUUGCCUUUGCCAGCUGAUGAUGAAAUUGUUCGCCUUCGAGUGUACCCGGUCAAAUCAUGCCGCGGUUUUGAUGUCGAGUCAGCGCAGCUUUUACGGACCGGUCUAGACUUGGACCGUAAUUGGAUGUUUGUGACGGCCGAUAAGCAUGAAUUCAUCACCAUCAGGGCAAAUUCAAACAUGACUCUUAUCAUAACAGCUUGGGACGCCGAUACCGACACACUCACAAUUUCUCUUAAUGAACACAAGAUUGAGAUUCCCGCUCACCCUACGACUCAAUGGCUUGAGAACAACACUGAGCUCAAGAAGGCGACUAUCUGGGGCGAGCAAACCGACGCAUGGGAAUACGCCGAGAGCCUAACCAAGCCCAUCUCGGAUUUCCUAAAUAUGGAUGCUCGCCUGAUGUACAAGGGCCCUACACCGCGAGUUCUACGUGGAAGUGGCGCUCCUCACCGUCUUGGUCGUACGGAGGCGACCAAGUUUGCCGAUAUGAUGCCUGUGCUGGUUGCCUCUAUGGCGAGCAUGAAUGAAUUAAACGAGCGUCUCACUCAAGCUGGCGAGGAUAGGAUUGAGAUUGAUCGGUUCCGCCCCAAUGUCAUUAUCCGAGGAAGCGUACCCUGGGUUGAGGAUGGAUGGAAAACUCUCCAAAUUGGUGAGGGCGAGCACUCUCUUGACCUUGAUGUUGUGUGCCGAUGCCUACGAUGCCAGGUACCCAAUGUUCACCCGAUUACUGCUGCUAAACACCCGCGUCAGCCUUGGAACCAGCUGAUGAAGUAUCGACGAAUCGACCCUGGACUCAAGUUCAAGCCGAGCUUUGGCAUGCUUUGUGCACCAAGUGAUGAGGGACACAUCGAGGUUGGCAUGAAAUUCCAGGUCACGGCUAUGACGAAUGAUCACUUUUUCAUUAGCCCAAUGAAGUAAAAUGAGUUGUUGGAAAGUGUUUGGGAGAGUUGCGUGGCUUCUGUGGUAGAGUAACAUGUACAAACUGCUAAGGAUAGCGAAAAAGAAAACGAUAACAAGACUGCCUUAUGUUCAGGUAAUGGUUCACAUGUAUUGUACGCUGUUCAAAUUCUGGGCACUUGAAUAGGCACAUUAGCUGACUGUACUGUGUUCUUCUCUUUUGAGUGGCAGUGCUGGAUCAGCCCAGCCAGGAUAAGAUCGAAAGCUUUCAC